AAUCUAAGCAACACAAAUUAACUCGGUUAGCCGCCGCUGUUAGGGAGACCUAUGAGCCAGAAGCCGCGAUCACGAAAGGCCGCCGCCGCCACCGCGGCCGGCGGCAUUGCGGAAGACCGAAUCUCAGAACUCCCGGAGGAAAUCAUCCACAACAUCCUUCAUCGCGUAAAGCCCCCGAGCGAAGCGGCAAAAACGAGCCUUUUGUCAAGGAGAUGGCUCCAACUCUGGCACUCUUACCCUGUCGUCGAGUUCCGGGAUCAGGAUUUCAAUUGGGAUUUUGAUGAAAUUAGAAUUAGGUUCGAAAGAUUCGCCGCUGCCGCUUCCAGGAGGCUGCUGCAGCCUCAUAACCAUGGGAAAACAGCAGCAGCAGCAGCACCAAUCGCUCUGGACGCCUUCAGGAUUUCGUUACAGUACCCGCGUCAAAACGAGGAGCUGCUGGACAAGUUGCUGGCUCCCGCGUCGCUGUUGCCCGCCGCCGACGACGACGGCAGCAGAUCGCCGCUCGAGAUUGUGGUUCAUACGAUUCCUGGUACUUAUGUCAUUCCCUUUUCCUCACCUUAUAGUUUUCCCGAUGGAACAUUUUUGAACUGCCGCCGCACCAGAUCUCUGAGCCUGAGUGGUUGUGACCUGAGGAGCCAAUAUCGCAGCAAUUGGAGUAGUAACAAUAUUUGUCUGGAGGAUCUCUGUCUCAAAUGCACUUGGAUUAGCGAGCAGAUGUUGCAGAGCUUCCUGGGGAAUGCGCCUAAUCUCGAGAAGCUGAGUUUGAGCUGGAUUCAAGGGGUUGAGAGCCUGGACCUCUCUCACCCUAACCUGAAGACCAUUUUCAUCGGCGGAAAUUAUGGCUCUGUUCUGCAACUCCAGCUUACUUCAGCUCCUCUGCUGCAUACACUUCGCUUCGAGAGCACAUUGGAUUGCAAGCUGAACGUGGCGUCGAAAUUUUCGAUCCCGAAUCUCAAAUUCAUCCACAUUAGAAACGACCCCUGGAUGGGAUCGAAAUGGCUCGGCGAUCUCGAGGACUUGAUUUCCAAGUCCCCAUCUCUGGAGUCUCUCGACUUUCAAAAUGUCAAAAACCCAGAUGAAAGGAAGCCGCUGCCGUGGCUGAGGAUUGACAGCCCGAGCUCGGCUUCCAAGCUCCGGACAUUAAGACUGAGCUUUUCGAAAACGGAGAGGCCAUUGGAGAUCGAUGCUCCUAAUCUGGUUAGUCUCUGCAUCGCCACCGACUCUGCCAUCAACGUUGAGGCUGUCAAAGUGGCUUCCGACUGCAAAUGUGUAAUUGACUGGCAUAUCAGCCGUGAAAACAAGUUGACUACGGGAUGGUUUGUUGAGUUGAGGCGGUUUCUUGCCGCACUGACCCGUUCAUUCCGCCACAAACCGGUUUUAAAGCUGCACUUCCCAUCAUACUACUACAAUCCAGAGGUAUCUUUCUCUUUGAGUGAAGUCAAAUGUGUAUCCUCUCCUAUACCGGAGGUGCAAAACUUACAAUUCGGAAGCUCUUUCUCGUCUCGGCUGUCCAACAUGAGACAUGCAAAAGCUAUCAUUUUCCUUGAAGCUCUUCUUUGGACUUGUCAUCCCAACAGAAUAUCUAUAGCCGAACAGUCUGAUCCUCGGGACUCACAAAGAUCCUUGACCAAAUUUCAGCGUAUUUGGAAGCAGGUUGCAAACAAGAACCUUGAAAGUUCAAGUUGUGGUGGAGAUGUUCAGCAUUGGCAAGAUGGACUGAAGGAUGUGAAUAUAAUGAGUGACACCAUUGAUGCGGAUUCAGCUCUUGCACGGAAUUAUAUUUGUUUUACAUUGACCUAGCUAGUGUGACUGUGAGUAAAUUAUUUAAAUGUACCUACGAUAAUUUUGUAGUGAUUCCAUGCUUCUCUACUUUAUCAAUGUUCAU